AUGCGCCUCCUCAACGUCCGCACGGGCGACGUCAGGCCGUUCCCAUCCUCGUCGCGCGCGCCGCCCUACGCGGCGCUCUCGCACCUGCACGGGCCCGAGGAGAUCUCGUUCCGGCAGUGGGCGACGCUGCCGCGGGCGACGCUCAAGGCGCGCGCGGCCUACUUCAAGAUCAAGCGGGCGCGCGUGCAGGCCAUCUCGGACGGGCUCGAGUGGGUCUUUGUCGACUCGGUCUGCGUCGACGGCUCGUCGCCCGCCGAGGCCUCCGAGGCCGUCAACGAGGCCUGGGCCGUGUUCGCCGGCGCCGCCGCCUGCUACGCCCACCUCGACGACGUGGCCCAGCCCGUCCUUGGCGCGAGCUUCGAGUCCGCCCUGCGCACCAGCCGCUGGUUCGCCCGGGGCUGGACGCUGAUGGAGCUGCUCGCCGGCAGGGAUCUGGUCUUGUACAGCACCGGCUGGGAGGUGCUCGGCACCAGGCGCGGGCUGGCGGGCGUCAUCUCGUCCCUGACGGGCAUCGACGAGGCGGUCCUGGCCGGCAGGGACGCCGUCGGCGCGGUGAGCGUGUCGAGGAGGAUGAGCUGGGCGGCUGGGAGGAGCACGACCAGGGCCGAGGACGCCGCAUACUGCCUGCUGGGGCUGUUUGGCGUCAACAUGCCGCUGAUGUACGGAGAGGGCAUGAGAAGUGCCUUUCGGAGACUGCAGGGGGAGAUCUUGAGGGCGCAUCCUCUGGAUCACACUUUGUUCGCUUGGGGUGAGCGCAUCGUCAGCGAGAGGGUUGACCGAUUGGCUCAGGAGACCCUGCUGGACCAGGCGGAAACGCUCAAGUGGAGAGACGACCGGCACCUACUGCCGCUGUUGGCCGAUUCGCCAGAUCAGUUCGCCGGAUCUGCGGAUCUGGUGCCCAUGACAGUCGCCGCCGAGAUGUUUUACUACGGGAAUCAUAUCGACCCAUCAUUGGAAGGAAGGGCAACAACCACCGAUGCCGUACUGCCCUCCGUUUCCGGACGGGGCGUGGUCGUCGAACUGCCAAGCACCGAUCCAGAGGCAGUGCUAUACCCAUGGCGAGGGCACAGAAUAUCCCAACUCCGCUGGGGAAAGCUGGCGGUGCUGUUCUGUCACCGCAGGGAUGACCCGUACGAGCAGUUCGCCGUCGCGCUGACGCCCACCGGGCCGGCCUCGUACUCCCGCGCGCCAGAGCUCGUGGUGGGCAACUUCACCCAGCACAUCUGGCAGCGGACCGCGAGCACACGGAUGCUCGUAUGUCCGGACCCGGGCGUCCCGUCCCUGGCCCAUGGCGACCUCGUGCUCCGCCGCUGGGCGGUGGGGAACAACGAGGAGCUCCUCUCGGGCUCCUUCCCGGGCGUGCCGAGUCAUCACUUCUCAAGCAACGAGGGCAUCCUCCGCGUCAACGGCUCCACGUCGGGCAAGCUGCUGUGGUCAAUGUCGGCCCUGUCCGAGACGGAAACGCUUGCGACCUUUGUCACCCGCCGGCCGUCGACAGGCUCAACGGCGCUGGGCCCGAUAGCCAUCACCUUCUACCCACUCUCGCGCCAAAUCGCUGCCGAGACUUGCGACGCGGACGGGACGACCUGGCUGCCGCACCCGGGUUCGGAGCCGGAAACCCUGGCGCUGGCAGAGGAGGCCGCCAUCUCCAAAGCUCUGUGCACCCAUACCUUCAAGACGCGAAGCGACACGUGGAUCUCACCUGGUGUCGGCAACAUGCUGCCCCUUAUCACGGUGCGGGUGGACAGGAUCUGGGUCGUGGAGGGCCGUGUAUCGAUCGAUGUUGUUGAUUUAGUAGCCCCAUAUCCAGUCCCAUCGGCCUUGGAGGAGACGAUGCCCCGUGAGCCUUUCAUCGCGGUUAGCUAA